GGGAAGUCCAACGGUUGACGGGCCGCCUGGCAGCCCUCAACCGCUUUCUGUCUAAAUCGGCGGAGAAAUCUCUACCCUUCUUCCAGAUCAUGAGGAAGACGGUUGGCUUUCUAUGGACUCCAAAAUGCCAGGAGGCUUUCGACGAGCUCAAGCGGUAUCUAUCUUCACCCCCUGUGCUCUCAAAACCAAAGGUAGGGGAGACCCUCUACCUCUACCUUGGGGUCAGCCCGGCGGCCAUCAGCUCUGUGCUCAUCCGGGAGGAAGACGGCAUCCAACAUGCCAUCUUCUACGUUAGCAAGACCCUAAGGGAGGCCGAGCUCAGGUACUCCCCUGUGGAAAAAACGGUGUUGGCCAUCGUUUGGACUGUCAAGAAGUUGGGCCACUACUUCCAGGCUCACCCGGUUCAGGUCCUCACUCAUCAACCCCUCGGCGCCCUCAUGAGGAGCCCCACCAGCUCCUCCCGCAUGGUGAAAUGGGCUAUCUUCUUGAGCCAGUACAACAUUGACAUCCGUCCAAGGCCUGCCAUCAAGGGCCAAGCCCUGGUGAACUUUGUGAUGGAAUGUACCGCAAGGGCAGCCACGGACGGGGAGCCCUCAGCUGCCUCGGAUGAUUGGUGGACCCUCUACACUGACGGCUCCUCCGCGACCAAAGCAUGCGGGGGAGGAGUGGUCCUCAUUACUCCCGAGGGCUUCAGGGCCUACUAUGCAGUCCGCUUCUCCUUCAAAGUCUCCAACAACGAGGCCGAAUAUGAGGCCUUCCUAUGUGGCCUUCGGCUGGCUGCCAACAUGAGGGCUCGGCAGAUCCACAUCAAAUGCGACUCCAAGUUGGUUGUCGGCCAAAUCUCCGAAGAAUAUGAGGCCAAGGAGGGGAGAAUGAAACAGUACAAGGAAGCGGCCAAGGAGUUGCUUAAGGUAUUUGAGGCACACUCUCUCACUCAAAUACCGAGGGCUCAGAACUCCGAGGCCAACAUAUUAUCUAAGCUCUCGGCCGACUCCCCCGAGCACAUCUCCAAAAUUGCCAAAAUCGAGGAACUCAGCCUCUCAAGCAUCCAUGCAAGCCCCGUUAUGAACAUACAACAAUGUCAAGAGGAUUGGAUCUCAGAUAUCACCACCUUCAUCUCCACAGGGCAGCUACCCGAGAAUGAGGCCCGCGCUAAACUGGCAAAGCUGAGGGCUCCUAGCUACACCAUCGAAGAUGGAAGGCUCUACAAACGAUCUUACAAUGGCACGCUACUUCGGUGCCUUCAUCCAGAUGAAGCCGAGGUCGCAAUGGAGGAAGUGCACAGUGGCACUUGCUCAGCUCACCAGGGACCCUUCUCCAUGUCCCGAAGGCUCAUUCUCCAGGGCUACUUCUGGCCAACCAUGGCCAAGGAUUGUGCUGACCUUGCCCGGAGGUGCACCGCAUGUCAACAUUUCCAGAAAGCUCCCGGCAGGCCAGCGGUCAACUAUGCCCCCAUCAGCACCUCUGUCCCAUUUUCUCGAUGGGGGAUAGACCUUGUGGGCCCUCUGCCGAGGGGUACCUCCAACAACAGAUACAUCAUUGUGGCCGUCGACUACUUUACCAAGUGGGUGGAGG